AGGAUGACAUUCACAAUUAAAGAUUCCAACUUGUGUCUUUUUCUUUCUCUCUCUUACCGGAAACUCGUGGUGUAUUUGUACUCCAUCUCUUUUUCUUCUGCUCAUCAUCAUCUCUCUUAAUUCCAAUCUCUCUAUGGAGGAGACUAAUGUUGUUGAAGCUAAGGAUGGAACCAUCUCUGUUGCUUCUGCAUUUGCUGGUCAUCAUCAAGCUAUACAGGAUAGAGAUCAUAAAUUUCUAACAGUAGCAGUUGAAGAAGCAUAUAAAGGUGUAGAAUGUGGAGAUGGAGGCCCUUUUGGAGCUGUUGUUGUUCAGAACAAUGAAGUUGUUGCCAGUUCUCACAACAUGGUGCUACAUAAUACCGAUCCAACUGCACACGCCGAGGUUACAGCUAUUAGAGAGGCAUGUAAGAAGCUGAAUCAAAUUGAGCUGUCUGACUGUGAAAUAUAUGCGUCUUGCGAACCAUGUCCAAUGUGCUUUGGUGCCAUACAUCUUUCGAGAAUCAAGAGACUGGUUUAUGGAGCAGAAGCUGAGGCCGCAAUUGCUAUUGGGUUUGAUGAUUUUAUUGCGGAUGCAUUAAGGGGUACAGGGUUUUACCAGAAGGCUCAACUCGAAAUCAAAAGAGCUGAUGGAAAAGGAGCUAUUAUUGCAGAGCAAGUUUUCCAAAAAACAAAGGAAAAGUUCACCAUGUACUAAUAUAACAUCUCAUCAUCAAGAUUUUACCUUUUCUAAUCUUCUUCAUCAUCAUCAUCAUCUGUAAUAAUGUUCAUCAUGUACCUGUGAAUUGCUUAUUCAGAAAUUUGUUAUUUGAUU